AUGAUGGUCAUUCCCCUUCGUUCGCGCAUCGACCCAGUUUCGUCUGAACCAACCGCACCCUGCGGCGACGACCUCGCUUCCACUUACCGCGUUUCAUCAGAAUCAGCGCCGCUCUUUCUGGUUGCACGAGCGCCGCUCGAUCAUCUCCUUUCCGCCGCUCACGAGCAGCAUUUCCCGUGGCCGCAGCGAGCCGCAUUUCCCCUCAUGGCGGAUGUUCCUCCACGCCGCGCCGACAGUCGCCCUACCGCGGCCAAUGCGACGGCGGGUCCAGCGGCGGCGGCGACGGCGACUCCAACGGCGCCGACGUGGGACUUUCUCACGGUGCACACGCAGCGCGCAUUGAAACGGCGACACAGCGAACAGGACGAGUGCGACGAGCGCGACAAGCGGGACGAGCGGGAUGCGCGGCGCAGCACCAAUGGCGAUGACCCAAGCCGUCUCAUGUCGCUCACGCUCGCCAACUCCUCUGUUCACCCCGCGCGCCCCUGCUCCUCCGCCCACCCCGCGCGCCCCCGCGCCAAUGACGACGGCGCCGUCGUCGCCGCAAACCCCAGCCUGCAACCCCUCCCCGGUCUAGCAGGACCAGUUACCCCCCCGGCGGCUUUCCCGCCGAGCCACCAACCCGGCGCAUUUUCCGGCCUGGAAAGUCACGGUCACGGUCUCGCCCCCAUUUGUGCCACUCCCGCUUCGGUUUCAGCUUCUCACGCUGUCUCGCUCCAUCCGAGUCCUGCCACGUUUCCGCCGCCGCUGCCUGCGCUCUUCACACUCCGCCAGGCGUCAAUGCCCCGCGGUGCGCUGCUGCCUCUGCCCGAGCUGCUCCUGCCCGGCCUGCCACGUGGCGGCCCAGGGAUUGGCUCUCUGUCCGAGGCUCUUUUCCGCCGUCUGACGGGCUUGACUGGGUUGACCGGCAUUACGGGAUUGACUGGCUUGCCUCGCGCUACUGGCGCGACUGGCGGAAGCGGCGGUUUUUCGUGCGCCCUGUGCGGGCGCACAUUCCCCACGGUGCACGCGCUAGGGGGUCACAAGAGCAUGCACCGGAAAGGCGUGCACCGCGCGCACACCAGCGCCACCAGCACCUCCAGCACCAGGAAUGGCGGCAGCGGCAAUGUGAGCAAGAAUAAGGGCUGCGGCAAUGUGAGCAAGAAUAAGGGCUGCGGCAGCAGCAGCCGUGGUGGGGCUCCCAGUGGCGGAGCGAGGCCUGAGCUGCCAUCGCCAGCACGCUUCCUUAAGAGGUGCAAGGUCACUGCUGCUGAUGUUGAUGAUGCCAAUGCUGCUGCCGACGCUGCCGCCGAUGCUGCUUCCAAUGCUGUUGCCGACGCUGCCGCCGAUGCUGCUUCCAAUGCUGUUGCCGAUGCUGAUGCCAAUGCCGCUGCCGAUGCUGCUGCUGAUGCUGCCGAUGUUGAUGCUGCUGCUCAAACCUCUCAUGCAACGCGAGGAACCGACACUGCUCACCAGGAACCCUCAGAGCGCUCUGCAACCGAAGGCGGCAAUCCAGCCAAAGCGUCCCCUCUCACCCCGCCUGUCACGCCCACAAACGAGGAAACCGUGCCGGCCUCAUGGCCCAAGGCAGGGGGUGCACUGGGGGCAGCAGAGACGAGCGUUCAGGCUGACCAGAUCCCUCGGGCUGCAGGGACGGGCCGGGGAGAGACAGGCACACUUGCAGGAGAUGUGGGCGAGCAGGUGGUGGGGGAGAGUGGCGGGGCGUGUGAGAAGCACAUGCGGGUGCAGCUGAAGCAAGCCAUCAAGGAGCGCCUGGUGCAAGCACACCUGCUACAAGCACGCUUGCUACAAGCACGCUUGUCACAGCCACGCCAGCUGCAGACACGGCAGGCGCUGCACCAUGGGGGAGGCAAGCACACGUCCUGUUCGGGCGCCGGCGUUGCUCCCUGGUCGCCACCAGCACUGGUUCUUGAGGCAGCUCAAAGCACCUCAUGCUUGCAGGGGAGAGGCGCACCCGCUUCAUUCUCUCCUGCUGCCAUUGCGGCAUGCUCGCCAACAGCUUUGUCCACCACGAGUGGUGCCACAGCAGGGCCUGUGUGUGCGUCUGACUUGAACCUGCCACCCGCUGAUGUGGCAGGAGGCGUGGUGAGCGAGGCAGGGGGAAUGGACACCGAAGCAGUGAUAAUGGUGAACGAGGAUGCGGAUCUUGCAUUGGCUGCACUGGCGAUCGAGUGUGAGGCACGGGAGGCGCGGGAGGCGGGGGAUCUACCUUCCUCUGAUGAAUGCAUGGACGAGGCUGACACUCGUACCGCCCCUAAUCCGGGCUGCACUGCACAGGGAGAUUUCCCUGGCACAGCAUGCCUUGCGGGUCGAGAUGCCAGUGCUGCUGGCGCCUCUGGGAAUGCUCUUGGGAUUGCGCGGGAUGCGGUGUUUCUGUUCGCUUGCAACCUGGGGGCUGAGAAGGUUUUUUGUGCUAAUGAUGUUUUUGCUGCUAACAGCAGUAAGCUGGACGGUGCGGAUAGUCGGGCCGGCUUCCGCCUCUCCGCCCUCCGUCUCACUCCCCUCGCUCCCCUCACCUUCCUCGCUGCCCUCGCUGACGUCAUUCCCGCAGUCUUCGCUGCUAGAUGA